AUGAAUGCUUAUGUAAUAAGAAAAAAAAUAUUUCUCUUUGGACUUUUAUGUCAAACUGUUAUCAUGGCGCCUAGGUUUGAGAUCGCAGUUGGUCUGCGAAAAGGCCACAAAACCACAAAAAUUUCUGCGGGUAAGAAAGGCAUCACUGACAAAGCCAUCAGAAUUAGACCAGCUCGACUAAAGGGUCUACAAACCAAACACUCAAAAUUUGUGCGUGAUCUGGUCCGUGAAGUAGUUGGACAUGCACAAUAUGAGAAGAGAGCUAUGGAAUUGCUUAAGGUAUCAAAAGACAAACGUGCUCUGAAGUUCUUGAAGCGGCGUCUGGGCACACACAUCCGUGCCAAGAGGAAGCGUGAAGAGAUGAGCAAUGUUCUGGCUCAAAUGAGGAAGGCCGCUGCUCAGGCUCACCAUGCCACUAAGUGA